GUUUAAAUGGAACGAGGCUGCCCCGCAGCCCGGGAGGGAAGUCUCCGUGAGUAGGGCGAGAGAGAGCAAGAAGGGGAGCGGGGGGACCUCGCUGGGUCCUCCCGACCAUGGUGCUCACCCUGGGGGAGGGCUCCUUAGCUGCACCCCGGGGCUGCCGCCGGCCGGCGCCAGGGCGCUGAUCCCCGCCUGGUUUUGGGGGGCAGAAGGAGAGCUGCCCCCUUCCCCCCCUCCAGCGCCCCGCUCUCUGUCUCUUGAUGUUUGAUCCCUCCGAGGCGGCCACAGGCAUGAGCGAUGGCGGGGCUCAGGCCGGCAGAAGCCCCCUGCUGCUGGGGGAGCCGGGCACCCCGGAGCGAGCCCGGGGGAAGAGCGGCGCCCGCGGGGAGCUGGAGAGCGCGCUGCGGGGAGGCGACGGCGCACACGGACUCAAGGAAGUCCCGGGGACCUCGGCUGCCAGCCCCGGCUCGUCCCAGGAGUGCGUCCCGGAGAGCGACAGCCAGUCCGGGGGAGGAGAAGCGGAUUACUGCCGCCGGAUCCUGGUGCGAGAUGCCAAAGGGACCAUCCGGGAGAUUGUUCUCCCCAAAGGGCUGGAUCUGGACCGGCCCAAGAGGACCCGAACCUCUUUCACAGCCGAGCAGCUGUACAGGCUGGAGCUGGAAUUUCAGCGGUGUCAAUAUGUCGUCGGCAGGGAGAGGACGGAGCUAGCAAGGCAGCUCAACCUAUCAGAAACACAGGUGAAAGUCUGGUUCCAGAACCGGCGCACCAAGCAGAAGAAGGACCAGAGCAGGGACUCUGAGAAACGCUCGUCCUCCACCUCCGAAUCCUUCGCCACGUGUAACAUCCUCCGGCUCCUGGAACAAGGGAGACUUUUGUCCGUGCCGGCCCCUUCCAACUUGCUCUCUCCGAACUCGAAUCCCAUCGGGAGCCCUGCCGGGAACGGAGCCAGCCGGGCUCCCUCCGGCACCACCUCACCCGGGCUGAGCAGGAGUGGAAACAGCCCUCCGGGGACUGGAGCCUUCCGCCUGCAGGUCCCGUCUCUAGCAUCCUCCUCUUCCUCACCCCGGCUCCCUGCCACCGCGCUCUGUUUCAGCGGCCCGCUCCUGGGAAGCCUGCAUGAGCUACCCAGCGGCUACGGGCUGGGGACCUCUGCCUUUGAGCCUUACACGCGGGCGGAGAGGAGAGACAGUCCGAUCCCCAGCAAGAAGCCGAGCCUUUAACUAAAACCCAGGGUCAAAAUCGUUCCCCACGCCAUGUCUCCCACCUGGGGCUGGUCUUUUGCCUGUGGACUCUCAAAGGCCAGCGAACAAAUGCCCAGGUGACUUGCGUGUGACUGUGUGUCCCAUAUACACCCUGCCUGAUGUGCCCGACUCACUGGGGUUCCCCGGGGAGAUGCAGGGGAAAGCACAGCUGGUGGGCCUCGCCCCAUCUCAGAUUGCUCGGGGGUCAAAUGCACCCCACUUCAGGGUGCCAGCCAGGUAGUAUUUAUACACAGAUGCUCUGUCUCUUGCCAUCAGAGCCAGGGUGGGGAGUGAGGGUCGGGGGAAGCUUUGCUGGCACCAUGUGUUUUAUUCUGCCUUUGUUUGCCAAUGAUCCUCGCACCCGAGCAAAGCGCCACGGAGUGAGACCGCGCGGUCGCUGUCUGAUCUGUUUGAUUGCAGGCUCCAGAAAUUACCCAGUACCCUGGAUGUGGAGCCAGACCUGGAUGGAGGCCAAGUGGGACAGGAAGUGCCAGGCAGCUAAAGCCAAUCCUGGAUUUUAUAAUGGGGGGUUGUGAUGUUACAAUAUUCAGGGGCGGGGUGUGACUUGGGAAGAGCAGAUCCCCGCUCCUGUGUGUUGAUUAGAGAGGCAGUGUGAUCUCGUGGUUAGAGCAGAGACAUGGGAGUCAGGGCUCCUGGGUGCUAUUCCUGGAUCUGCCUCUGGGCAAGUCCCCAUUCUGUGCCUCAGUUUCCCCAUCUGUAAAGAACUUUGUGCUCCUUUGUUUAGGUGGCUUGGGGGAGUUUGGGGAGCCCCUAGCAGGAGGGGGAGGCUCAGAGUCUAGUCUCUUUGAUCUUGCCUUAAUCUGUCCCUGUUGCACAUGGGGUCAGCACUACCCUCCCUUGGUUUGUUAAUCCCAUCAACAUAGCGGGGGUGUGGUUGAAGGAGGAAGCAGGCACCUCAAGCAUAAUGAGGACUGUACAUACAGGCUGGCGUUGGUGCUUUCAGUCCCCCUUUCCCCCCCACACAAGCACUUUUGGCACAGAGAAGAGUGGGACUCAGAGAGCCCCUUGCCCGGAUCCCAGCCCCUCUCACCUUUCUCCAGCGCCGCGCACAUGCCGGGCCUGGGGGCCUCUGGCAGCUCUUCUGCAGCGGUGCAAAGACAGGUUCCAGAGCAGCAGCUUUAAGGAUGGACCUGACUGAAAUCAUUGCGUCCCCCCCCAGCCCCAAAAGGGGUGUCUGGUGUUUGGAGCAGCGGCCGUUGGCUUUUGACAGGGUAUAUACAGCACUGACAGCUUGCCCAGAUGGGAAAUUAAUGGGGAGCCCUACAGACUGUACACAGCUGCUUAACAAACGAUCUAUGGAUAGUCACCGAUUUAUGUAUCACACCAACACCCCAAUGUCCAUGCCCACUUGCCAAGCAGGAUAAUAAACACAGCUCCCAGGACGGCUGCCAGCCUGGACAAUGUGGCUGCUAGAAAACACGGCUAUGCAGGGAUGUUAACUAACGUGACUCAUGUUUUUACGGCUUUUCUACUAGGGACAUGGGAAAAGAGCCCAAGACCCAAACAUUUCCAUGUCAACCAACAGUGACAGCAUGCGGGUGAGUCAUUAAGGCCCAGACCGUCAAAGGUAUUUUGGUGCCAAUGGGAGUUAGGCACCUAAAUACCUUGGAAUAUCUGGACCUAAGCCUUUAGCAAGACCUUUUCUAAUACCCUUAAGAUCACUCAGAUGGUGUCAGAAGAUUGAGGCUGGUCCUUGCCUUAAAGAGAUGCCACCUGUGGAAAGGUGUCCGAGGAGCAGCCGUGUUAGUCUGUAUCCGCAAAAGGAAAAGGAGGACGUGUGGCACCUUAGUCUCUAAGUCUCUAAGGUGCCACAAGUCCUCCUGUUCUUUUCACCUGUGGAAAGUUUGUCAGUUCCAAACAACCCGAGUUCAAAGCAACUUGGGAAUUUUCCUCCGUCCACCCAUGAACAUUUUUGACCCAGAUGAAAACGUUCCAGGUUUUGGCUGACAAUGGUUUUGGGUGCAGAAAGCUAGCCUUUUUAGUUAUUGGGGGGGGGGGUCAACGAAACGCUCAAACCAUUGAAAUUGGGCAUUUCCUAUGGGACUCCCUGCAGGGACAGAAAGCCAAGUUCCCCCGCAGCAAGGCUUGGGUUGAACAGGGUCGAGUGUUUCUCGUUCAACAUUGUUUCAGGCCCGACAUUGACCCCAUGUGCCGCUGGCCAUUUCAGUCUCCUGUUCUUGUUGUUCUGGAAACCUCUGAAAGAGGGAGGCAAACAACAGGCGCAACUGACUAAGUGCCUGGACAGGGACAGCCUGAAAACGACUGUACAGAAAUUGGUAUCAAAUGCACGAAGCAACCAAACUGAAAAGCAAAACUCGAACUCUUUUCCCUGUCUCACCCCUCUCAGUUCUAGCUUGCAUGGGGUUACUGUGACGACGGGUAAAGGGUUUUCAGAGAGAAGAGAAAUUGGCGGAAUAGUACCCCAGUAACUGGAAGUUACAGGUGGGAUCAAGAGAUAAAAUUGGGAUCCAGAUCCAGCUUUUGAACCCUCUCGAAUUCAGACCCAGGUUUCGGUUCAGCCCUCAAUUGAGCGGGCACGGGGCACAGGCCUUUACGAAAGGGUUUCAAAAGCGCCCUGAGGCUCAUUGCAAUCUGGCACUUUGGUUCUGGCCCAUUUCUGAGCAGAGGUGUCACAUGUACUCCUGUUCUUUUUGCAGACUCAGAAGCGUUUCUCCUGGCGCCCCGGGCAGUGGGAGUUCAGAUCAGACAAAACCCAGAUUCGAACCACCCUUGAUCUGGUUCUGUGAGGCCCAGUGAACCCUGGGCAGAGCCAAAGCCACCCUGUUUCCCUCCUCCCACUUCUAAUUUAACCCCCCACCAUGGCCUUGCUCCCGCCUUGUCUCCUUGCCGAGGCAACUGGUGCAAUAAGCGACUCAAGUUGCAGGGGGGGAGGUUUAGGUUGGAUAUUAGGAAAAACUUUUUCACUAGGAGGGUGGUGAAGCACUGGAAUGCGUUACCUAGGGAGGUGGUGGAAUCUCCAUCCUUAGAGGUUUUUAAGGUCAGGCUUGACAAAGCCCUGGCUGGGAUGAUUUAACUGGGAAUUGGUCCUGCUUCGAGCAGGGGGUUGGACUAGAUGACCUUCAGGGUCCCUUCCAACCCUGAUAUUCUAUGAUUCUAUGAUUCUACCGCUUUGCCACAGACACCCAGGGGGGUGUGAUGUCCUGCUGAUGGGCAUGACUGAUUGGAGUCGAGGCUGGCCAGGACUCCUGUCUGUCUGUCCAGCCGUGUCCUGGGAAUAGGGAAAUAGAUACAUAAAAAGGCAGAAAGCAGGUGAAUCCAGGAUGUGUGGGCUGUGUAGGAGGGAAGAAUGGCUGUGAGAGCACAAGUGCAUUAUUAGCAAUGGGCCCAAUCCUGCAGUUCUGACUUGGGCCAAACUUCCAUCGACACCAGUGGGAGCUGGGCUGGGCUGCUGAGCACCUGCCUAGCACUUGCAGCUUCCUGCAGCACCGAUGGGGUUGUGGGCGCUCAGCAUCAGUACCUCUCAGAAUCGGGCACAGACGGAGGGCCUGAUCCUGGCAUCCACACGUCUGCUCCUGCAAGCAGCCUUUUGGAUGUCAACAGGCUUCCUCAUGCAAAUCGACUUGGAAGGGCUUCAGGAUUUCCUCCUGCCCUCUUGGCUCCCUUGCAAACCUAGGUCCUGAUCCUGCAAGCGGCUGAAGUCCCACCGGCUCUAAAAGAGAUUUGGGGGGUUGUGGUGGCUAAUCAGCUGAACACGAAUUCCCAGUGUGGCCAAAAGGGCUAACGGGGUCCUGGGGUGCAUAACCAGAGGAAUCUCGAGUGGGAGCAGAGAGGUGAUUUUACCUCUUUAUCUGGCACUGGUGUGACUGUGGCUGGGAUUCUGGGCCCAGUUCUGGUGCCCACAAUUCAAGAAGGGUGUGGAUAAAUUGGAGAGGGUUCAGAGAAGAGCCAUGAGAAUGAUGAAAAGAUUAGAAAACCUGCCUUCUUGCGAUAGACUCAAGGAGCUCAAUCUAUUUAGCUUAACCAAGAGAAGGCUCAGGGGUGACUUGAUGACCAUCUUUUAGUACCUACGUGGGGAACAAAUAUUUAAUAAUGGGCUCUUCAGUCUAGCAGAGGAAGAUCUCACAGGAUCCAAUGGCCGGGAGUUGAAGCUAGACAAAUUCAGAUUCGAAUAAGGCGUAAAUUUUGUAAUGGAGGGGAAUUAACCAUUGGAACAAUUUACCAAGGGCCAUGGUGGAUUCUCCAGCACUGACAAGUUUUAAAUCAAGGCGGAAUGUUUUCCUAACAGCUCAGCUCUAGGGAUUAUUUCGGGGCAGGUCUCCAGCCUGGGCUAUGCAGGAGGUCAGACUAGAUGGUCCCAUGGUCCCACCUGGCCUUGGCAUCUGUGGCUUUGAUGGCAGGGUUGGGCCCCACCGGCCUUCAACUGGCCAUUGACAAGUCACAGGUGCCACCCCCACCAUUGUAAACUAGGGCCCGAUCCUGACAACUUUACCCACCCUGAGCUCCCCCCAUUGAGACCAAUGGCUUCCAUGAGGCCAGGCUUUGGCCGGUGGCGUAUUGUGCUUGGAUUGCUGUCUGCUGCUCAGCAUGGCAUUUGGCCUGGCCUGGCCUUGCUAUCUCUAAGGGGUCCCCCCCGCCUCAUCCCUCUCUCCCACGUCCCACCACCUCUCAGGCUCAGAGCUCAGCAGGAAGUUGCUGAGUGUCCCGGCGAAGGCUCUUUUGCCGUGAGGUUGCAGAUGGGUUUGGGGCCAGGAGGGUCCCCCGCCUGCCUCCAGCCAGGAAACCUGGCUUUGCGGAGGACUGAAGCGCAGAAGAUUCUUGGGAAGGAGCACGGCUUUGAACCCCGUCGAAAUCUGCCGUCCUCAGCAGCGGUGUUUGGUCAGCACCCCACAGGAUCAGGGCCGUAGGCGGGGCCUGCAUUUGCACUGCCAGCAGCACAGGGGCUGAGGCCAGAGCCUGCUAAUCCAGCCCAUUCUGGGGUAUCUGGCAAGCGAAAUCAACCAGCCACUCCGCCUUUGUCAAAGUCAAGGCCCCCGGAGCCGAUGGCUGGCGGGGCUGAUGCAGUUCAGGCACGUCAGUUUCACAGCCAGCGGGACGCAAGGGCAUGAUGUGGCCAGCAGGCAAGCCACCUUUGGCGGCUCUCCCCUGUGUGAUCGGGCAGCCGUUGCGCAGCUGGGUGAACUCGAGAGGUGUGACUCGAACCCGUGACCUUUAGGAGCAUAGUCGAGCGCCUCCUUUGUCCCACUCCCGCAUUAAAGGCCCGGCUUUGGGAAGCAGGAAUGGAUCGAGCCAGAUCUGUUGCUAUUUUGGCCUGGUCGGAUCCAGCCACCCCCCUUCCACAGCACCCAAACCCAGCACUCCUGCUAGUGCUCAGGGUGCCCCUGCAUUGGGGUGAUGAGGAGGGAGCGGACUUUGGAGUCUAGGGCACAUCCCACUGCGUAGCCCGCUGGGCGGAGCCCAUGCCACUUUAUCUCAUGACACCCAUGUCGACUCGCUCACCCAGACGGAGCCUUGUGCAAUAUAUGCCGAGUCGUGGGAGCCGAUGGGGGUGUGUGGCAGGGGUGUGCAAAGAUUAACCCUUAGAGGGACGGAUGAUACCCACACGCUCGCAUUCUACCCAGGGAAUCCUUAGCAAGGUGCCAGUUGACCUCACCUGCCUGGCACCCUGUCCAGUGCCCACUGAGAUCCCAGCUGCAAAUGCCUUGUUGGUUUCAGGGAAGUGACGCCACUGUCACCAUGGACAGGAUCUGCCCUGGAUGUUUGGGGGUGGGUGGCUUUCCCCUGCGAUCCAGUCAGUGAUUGUGCAUGGAGGGCUGCUGCCCGCCGGGUGGGAGAGAGAGGUCAUGGUGGGGCGGGGCGGUGACACAGGUUGCAAUGGGGGCUGAGGUGAUAUCCUCAGUACCAAGAUUGAUGACACCCUGUGGCAAUUGGGAUGGGAGGAGCCCCUUGAGCUACACACUAACAUGGGCUCUGUCUGAUUUGAUCCCCUUGUCCCUUCCCAGCUAUCCCGUUCCCUCUCUCCAUCACCUCUUUUUAUCUUCAUUUGCCCCCCCUUCGCCAUCCCCUCCCCAUCCUCUAUCUGCAUCCCCCUUCCCCUGCUCCGUUCUCUGUGUUUAGCAGAAUGGGGCCAUGGCACUUUCAGGGUUUGUUACAGUGUUUGGGCUGGGACUGCGGGGGCACUUCUGAGUUACCGCACAGCAGCUGCCACGGGCCCAGGAUGGGGCGGGGAGGGAGGGUAGCAAACUUGCCAUUUCAUAGUAUUGUGCCGUGUCCACUGUGCCAGAAAUGCUGCCCCUCAGGAAUCAGGUGGGGAAUAAUAAGCACUGGAGAGUGGAGACACCUUCCUGUGUCACUUAGUGGGUGAACCUAGGCUAGACUCUAGGUUGUAACUGUAAAGCUACAGGGUUAAAUCCCCCACAUGGUGGAAAGGUAAUUUCUCAUCCUGGAGCGUAUAAAUCAAAACCCUAAGGGCUUCCUGGAGAGGUAAUCAAUGCAGCACUGGUCGAAAUACCUUUUGCAAAACUGGCUUUCCCACCAAAGGGCCUGUUUUCAUGGAAAAUUUUCGCAUGGGUCCCGGUUUUCCUGCAACAAAAGUGCAGUAAAAAUUUUGGCUUUUCAACAACAGAACAGUUUUUCCAGAAACCAAUUAUUUCAAUCCACGCUCCCUCGGCUUUUGGUUCCAUUUUUUUGGUCAAAACCCAGAAGUGGUUCAUAGAAAAUAUUUACAGCUCAGUUACUUGGCUGGCCGCAACUGAUUAGCGUUUUCCCCACCUGCUCUAGGUAAAAGCAAAGCCCUGUACAGUUCAUGCCAAGGGUUCUGUGGUGCUUUUCAUAUAAGGAAUCUCUGGCCUAAAUUAAUUCCUACCCAUGCCCGUUAACUGCUGUUUGUAAACCCCUAUAGGGUCAUUAGUGGGGUCAACCAUUCGUCUUUCAAACCCCAGGCCCCAGUUCAGGAAGAGUACUUAUACACAUGCUUAAAGUUAAGCAUGUGAUUUAGUGCUUUGCUGAAUGAGGGACUAAAAGCACAGAUCUAUACUGCUUUAACUCAGUGACCAGCUCCACAGCUGCUCCCAGGAGUAACUUGUUUUCCUCUAUAUGGACCAGUCUCUUACCCUUAGCCAGUGUGUUAAACUCCUCCCCCUAUUUUGAAGGGAAAUAUUUAAAAUAAAUGUUUUUAUAAAGAGGUUUCACUCAUUUUUUAAAAAGAUCAAUAUCUAUGAAAUAAUAUUUAUCGUGCAUGUCACUGUCUGAGCACUUUGCAAAUAUUAGUGAAUUGGCACUUUUGGGAGGUAGGAAAGUAUCACUAUCACUUUUUCACAUAUGGGGAAACAGAGGCACAGUGAACGGCCUGUGAGUUGCCCAAAGUCAUAGACAUUAUUGGCAGAGCCCAGAAUAAGGAGCUUCUCUGUCCCAGCCCCAGAACCUCAAAGGUGCACCUUACGCCCUUUGAGGAUUUGGGCACCGGUCCUUUGCUUAGACCACAUCUCUCUAUUCUUAUCAGGGUUUGUUACUAUUGCUGGUUUACAGUUCCCCAAAUCUGACUUUUCACUGGGCUUUUUGGUUGACUUGCACCAACAAAAAAUCACAGCAGCAUUUGCACACUUUGCCUCCUAUGUUUUUCUUCAAGCUCUGGUGCUGGGGGCAGGUUUGCAAAGCUCAGCAUUUUUUAUUACGUUUUUGGUUGACAUAUGGUGUUUCGACAGGAAAAAACGAGACACGCCCCCCAAAACACUUUUUUGCAAUUUUUUUUUUCUUUUUCAUUUUCCCUCCAGCUCUGUUUGCAAUCUGUUUGUCUGGAAAACCAACAUCUAGAAUCGGGGCCUUAUGCUAGCAAACCGUUUCCUUUUAAUGUUCAAGUGCAUUUCAUGGUUUAUUCCUGGCGAGGAGUAUUUCCGACCUUUUGAAUUUUGACACAGCCGCGUGCGGCAAAAUUUGUGCACAGAUCCUGUAAUUAAAAUACGAAGAAUUUCAUAUUUGCCUGGAGGCCCCAAACUUGGCAGAAAUAGAAUCCUCGUGCUUUAGGGCCAGGAUCCUCUCACAGAGGGGCAUUGGAAAGCAGAACCUUCUCUUUUGGGCAGAUUAUCCCAUAUCUGCCUGCUGCAGGUUUCAUACACAUUUCUCUGGUGCUGGCCCCUAUCUGAGACAAGAUCCAGGACUGGACAGUCGUCUCCAAUACAGCAGUCCCUUUGUUCCAAACCCUGAAUAAGGGCCUGGGAAAUAUUCAUGAGGACGUUUGACAACUUUGCAAGGUUUCUCGUGUCUUGUUCUAAUUUGGGGGAAAUGGUCCGAUCUGGUGACUAACACAUUGCACUUUGAGAGCUGUUUUUUGUCCUUGUGAAUUUCGAGGAAGAAAGGGCCAACUUUCACCCCAAACAGGGGCCGGUUUUCUUGCAAGAGAGCCUCCAAACUUUUGAAAUUUCAAAAUGUUGUGACAAAAUUAGGCUUUGUGAGCAUUUGAAAUGUCACAAGUUCGGAUGUAAAAAAACCAAACGAACCAGCCCCCCAAAACCCUGCCAACAAACCAUCCAUACUUUGGAGACGAUUUUGCAGAAAGUAAUAUACUGGGGAAGGAAAGCCACUAAUGGACCUGGAACAAAAUGGCAAAUAUUUUUCCUAAAACUCCUGGCUGGAGGGAGAGGAUAAUUCCUAUCUUUACCUGGCUCAAAUCCUGACCCUCAGCUGGUACUGCUGCUUAUUCCUUGCUGCACACAGAGACCCUUCCGAAGUCGCUAGCGUCCCCUCCAGAAAUGUUCAGACGUCUGCUUUAACAAGUCAAAGAAUCACCAUCAAAUCUGAAAUCUGCAACCCCAACCAUUCAGGAAAUAACCCUGUAACCCUACCACCCUCUCUCUCUCUGUCUGUCACACACACACAAAGUCCUAACAGUCUCGAACACCAGAGAUAAAUCCUGGAAAUUUAUCGUAACUUGUACAAUUUGAAAAAGAAAAAAAUAAGUACUGUAUGUAAAACUUUAAUGAACAACGUGGUUUCUGAUGGUUAA